AUGAAAAAAAAAAAAAAGACAAAGGAAGAAGAGAAAGAGUAGGAAGAAGAAAGGAGAAAAGUGUUGAUAAAUAUAAAAUAUAAAAAAACAUUUAUACAGGAACUGAAACAAGUGGUUCUAACCAUUGAUAUUAUAAGAUAAAAGUUAGUAAAUAUAAAGACAAUUAAAAUGUAAAAUUAGUGCAAAUAUAAUGACGAAAACAUAAAGUAAAAUAUCAGCACAACAUUAUUCAUUGUGCUAUUUUUUUUAUAAUUUUUUUUACAGCGUAAACCAACAAGGAAAAGUGUUUUUAUAAAGAGUACAACAAAUAAUUUGUAAUUGUAAAUAUAAAUGAAUAAAAGGUAAAUUUUAUGCAACUAGAGGGACAAUGAGUAAUGACAAGAGAUUUUGCAAAUAAAUUGGAUCACUUUUGCCACUUCUUCCAAUUUGUUCUACACUAUCACUUUAGUGCUUCCAAUUCUUAUCUCCUGUUUGAUGUCAACCAUUCUUAUCAUUGUCCUUGGUAUCCUUUUUGUGAUAGUUUGUAUUUUAAUAUGGCUACAGCCCAAGUGCCCCCCAGGAAUUCUUACUCCAGACUCACAAUUUAUGACACUCACUAUGAAUAAAUUUCUGAAUGACAUAGAAAAGGAGAAGCCAAUCAGGUUUACCAAUCAGCACCUAAGGAUUGCAACUGAUAACUACUCUUACUUGUUGGGGUCAGGAGGUUUUGGAUCAGUCUAUAAGGGAAUUUUUAGUGAUGGAACAAUUGUAGCCGUGAAGGUUCUACAUGGGCGUUCUGACAAUAAAAUUGAGGAGCAGUUUAUGGCAGAAGUGGGGACAAUUGGCAAAACUCAUCAUUUCAAUCUUGUUAGGCUCUAUGGAUUUUGCUUUGAAAGAAACAUGAUUGGACUAGUAUAUGAGUACAUGGAAAAUGGCUCUCUUGAUAGGUAUUUGUUCCAAAAAAAGACCUUAGGAUAUGAAAAGCUUCAUGAGAUCGCAGUUGGGACAGCCAAAGGCAUUGCUUAUUUGCAUGAAGAGUGCCAACAAAAAAUAAUCCACUAUGACAUAAAACCAGGAAAUAUUCUCUUGGACAGGGAUUUCAAUCCUAAAGUUGCUGAUUUUGGUUUAGCCAAACUUUGCAACAGGGAAAAUACUCAUCUAACCAUGACUACGGGUAGGGGGACUCCUGGUUAUGCUGCACCUGAACUUUGGAUGCCUAAUUUUCCUGCGACUCACAAGUGUGAUGUUUAUAGUUUUGGAAUGUUGUUAUUUGAAAUCAUUGGCAGGAGAAGAAACCUUGACAUUGAACUUGUUGAAAGCCAGGAGUGGUUUCCAAUGUGGGUUUGGAAAAGAUUUGAUGCUGGAGAAUUUGAGGAGUUGUUAAUAGCAUGUGGGGUAGAAGAGAAAAAUAAGGAGAUUACAGAGAGAAUAGUCAAUGUGGCUCUAUCUUGUGUUCAGUAUAGGCCAGAUUCAAGGCCUAUAAUGAGUGAUGUUGUGAAAAUGUUGGAAGGUUCAGUGGAAAUUCCAAAACCUUUGAACCCAUUUCAGCAAUUUAUGGAUGGGAAUUUCACUUCUCAUCCAGUCCAAGUGCCACUGACCUAUACUACAGAUACUAGUGGUUCUUCUGUUGUGGUAACUGACACUAGCAUUAUACAUGCUACUCCUACCAUGAGGAAUAUGACAUUGAAUUAGCCUACAACCAGGGGGUGAUGGUGGACAUAUGCUACUUGAUGGAAUAUUUCCAUAUAACAUGUAAAAUAUUUUCCUUUCUGCUAGUUUCAUUCCAGUGAAUCCAAUUUAUCUGUGUGCUUAUUUGUUUUUUAUUUUACCAUAAUGUUCUUUG